GAUACCAUGAUACGAAUUAUUUUCCUUGCAUCGUUUUUCCCCCUGACCCAUUGGAACUGGAUGCUGAGCAAUACAUGAUGGAACUCGAGUCAUGAUCGCCAAGCCAAGCUAAUGGUUCUUGUCUCCCGCAGCUUCAAAGCGAGAGACAAAACAAAGGCAACAGCUGUGGGACAAAAUGCUCGCUGUUUUUUCUUCUUCUUCCUUCUUCUUGAUUGUGGAUCUGGGACGGAGUUGUCUGUUUCUUCGCUUCAAUACUGUACAGCAAUUUUGUGUCUUUUCUCUUUUUUUGUCUCUUUUUCUCUCUCUUUUUUUUGCGAGCUUUUUUCUCCCAGCUAAGCAAGGCAAGAUAAGGCAGGCCAUUGUGAUUAAGUUGACUCAGUGAUAACUACAAUAUAUAUCA